CGCGCUGUUGUUAUGUUUGGGUAAACAGGAGUCAUGUUGAAGUUUCCUUUUCAACCUGUCGCCACUGAAAUGUCCUCGAAAUAAUAUAGCGAUGUCGGACAUACUUAUGGUUGGGAUGGAGAGCAUAUCGAUCAGUUCCACUAAAUCCACAAGUCCUCCUAAAGAAGCCGGAAGCUUCCUGCUGGUGGACGAUCAGGAAAACCUACAGGUCCGGGAGGAGUCGGAGUUCAUAGAAAAACUUGGAUGCGGAGAUGUUGCUGGUGUCAAAGUCCUCUCCAUCUUUGGGAACACUGGUGACGGCAAGUCGCACACUUUAAACCAGAUGUUUUUUGACGGGGAGGAGGUCUUCCUGACUUCCAAGGCUCCCAGCUCCUGUACAGUGGGUGUGUGGGCCUCCUACUGUCCCUCCCUCAACCUGGUGGUCCUGGAUACGGAAGGCCUUCUGGGUGCAACUGGUCAUCACAGCCAGAGAAAAAGACUGUUGUUGAAGGUGUUGGCCGUUUCGGAUGUAGUGGUCUAUCGCACACGAGCGGAGCGACUUCACAACGACAUGUUCCAGUUCCUUAGUGCAGCCUCUGUGGCGUACCUGAAGUACUUCACCCCUGAGCUGAAAGCUUUGUCUACUCGAUGUGGACUGGACGUGCCUCUUUCUUUCCUUGGGCCUGCUGUUAUUGUCUUUCAGGAGACAACUCACACCCAGCUGCUGGGGCAGGAUUCAAAGGUGCCGGGCAGCGCUGAUACUCAGCUGCAGAAGCGAUUCCAUGACCUCAACUUGGGGACUGAAGCCUUUAGUUCAGUACAGUAUGUUGGCACUCAGACCAUCACACCUCCCACUGACUACAGCCGGCUCCUGGAGGCCGUCACACAGCAAGUGAGGAACACUCACACUCGCUCCCCCAGACAACCUGGCAUAGUGUUUCGUGCUCUGGAAGCUCUGAGUGAGCGUUUUUGUGGAGAACUGUCAGACGAAAAGGCCAUGUUGCGCUCCUGCUUCUUGGAUGAGUAUUUCACCUGUUCGGCUGUGUGCCUGAGCUGCAAUGUGCGCUGCAAGAAGGGAAUGAACCACCAUAGAGACCGAGUCCCUCACAUGGCAGACGGCCUGUGCCAGUACGCUCACCAGUAUAAUAACAAAGUCCUCGUCUGUAAGCGGUGUUAUGAAGGAGGCAGGGAGGUUAUUGUUGUGCCCAAAACAUCAGCCUCAUCCGACAACCAGUGGUUUGGUCUGGCUAAGUUUGCCUGGUCAGGGUUUGUGCUGGAAUGCUCGAGCUGUGGUGUCAUCUACCGCAGCAGGCAGUACUGGAUCGGAAACCAGGACCCUGAAAGCAGCGUUGUGCGCUCAGAGGUCAAACACGUCUGGGAAGGGUCGGAUACUUUCCUGAGCAGCCACCAGAAUGCGGCCCAGAGGGUCCUGGAUGGUGUGAACUACGUGAUCCAGUCGGUGUCAGAGUACAGCAGCGGGCCCACCAAGACUGUCACUGCCUGGCUCACUGACCAGGUGGCGCCAUCCUACUGGAGACCCAAUACUGAGAUCACGGCAUGUCACGACUGUCAGAAGGUGUUUGAGGAGGCAGAGAGGAAGCAUCACUGUCGCUCCUGUGGGGAGGGCUUCUGUCAUCCCUGCUCCAGCCUGAGAAUGCCAGUGCCAGACAGGGGCUGGGGGCACAGUCCUGUGCGGGUGUGCAAGGCCUGCUACCACCAAGGAGGGCCGCCCCACAGCCAAGUGUCUAACCUGGAGCCUCAAGGUCUUCUUGCUCGCAAAGUGACGGAGGUGGCUCAGACCACUCUGGACAUGGUGAGCACGGCUGUCGACUAUCCACUUUGUUUUGUGAAGAACGUCGCACGGCCAGAUUACUGGGUGCCGGACCAGGACAUCACUCAGUGCCACCACUGCUCGACGACCUUCACAGCCCUCAUGUCCAAGCAUCACUGCAGGUCCUGUGGGCAAGGCGUCUGCGGCCCCUGCUCCAGCCGAACGAAGCCGGUUCCCUCCAGAGGAUGGGAUCACCCCGUGAGAGUGUGUGACGGAUGCCAUGACGCACUAUAGCCUUCUCCCCUCAAGUGCACUUAGGUCUUUUUGGGUGAUUCAUGAAAACACUGAGAAGCUUUUCCUUUAUCAGACGUUGAUCAACAACCGACGUCCUCGUCUUCAGGGAUCACGUUCUUCUCCCCCUCAUGAUCCCACAAGUGGGCUGCGAAUCAGCUGAUCCUAAACUCUGGGAUUUUUAUGAUUCAUAAUCAUCUCAAACUGUUAAAAACAGAUUUGUCUUCAAUCACAAGUCUUUCCAACCUUUGGAGAUCAUCUGUAAUUUGGACAGGAUGGUGUGGUCAAGGAGUGUGAAGGCAUGAAUUGUUCAAGGGAUCCCUUCAGCCCAAGAGUGUUAAAGGACAGCUUCAUAUGAAUUUCCAAUUACUGUGUAAUUUUAGCUUUUUAUUUCCUGCAAUCAGUUGCUACACUUUGUGGCAUCUGGAAUAUUCUCAUGUUUUCCACAUUCCGAUUAGAACAUGCACUUCAUUAAAAGUGAAAUCCCACUUGAGUUUUCCUGAUAGCAUGACAGAGUUUAGCUAGCACCAAGUGAGUACUGAGCACCUCGAGUGCAACCACUUCAGUGACAAGAUCAACGGACAAUCCUGCUUUGUUUUUCUUACUAAAAUUGUGCUCAAUAAAUACACUAAUGUGUAUGGAAUAAACUAAUUGAUGUCUGUCAUAUCUUGUCCAAAACAUUUUAAAUGUCUGCCUUGUGCAAACAUCAACUAUAUACUGAUAUUGUAGCCAUGUUUCGGACAGCUUUUUUGUAUUUUUUUUUUUACCAGUCCCCUCCCCCUUUUUUAAUCUGUCCUUUUUGUGAGUCUAAUACAUUGAAAGAAUAUUUGGGAAAAAAAUGUGCCUUUAUAUCAGUUUACCUACAUGUGUUGUCCUUAGUUCUUUUAUGAUUUGUGUUAAAAUGAAAAUAAACAGUAACAACUUAAUGUCGUUUUAUGUU